CCAUCCUGCGCCGGAGUCUCUCCGGGAGACGAAGCGGAAGUCUCGGCGUACCUCCAGAAGGCUGGCGCUGGGCGCGCGGCAUCAUGGCCGCCGACAGUGACGACGGUGUGCCUUCGGUUUCAGCGACCUCUGACGGUGAUGUCAACAAAAACACAAAACCUGCAGAGGAGUUUGUGGUACGGGUUCCUGUGGUGGAUGUACAGAGUGACAACUUCAAGGAGAUAUGGCCGUCGCUCUUGCUGGCCCUAAAGACGGCGAGCUUUGUGGCUGUGGACACGGAGCUGAGUGGGCUUGGGGACCGGAAGAGUUUGCUGAAUCAGUGCAUCGAGGAACGUUACAAGGCCGUGUGUCAUGCUGCCAGGACCCGUUCUGUUCUGUCCCUGGGCCUCGCCUGCUUCAAGCAGCAGCCAGAUAAGGGUGAAAAUUCUUACUUGACCCAAGUGUUCAAUCUCACCUUACUGUGCAUGGAGGAGUAUGUCAUAGAACCAAAGUCUGUGCAGUUCCUGGUACAGCACGGCUUCAAUUUCAACCGACAGUAUGCUCAGGGUAUCCCCUACCAUAAGGGCAACGACAAGGGAGAUGAAAGCCAAAGCCAGUCAGUACGGACCCUGUUCCUUGAACUGAUUCGGGCCCGUCGGCCCCUGGUGCUACAUAAUGGCCUUAUAGACCUGGUGUUCCUGUACCAGAACUUCUACGCACACUUGCCUGAGAACUUGGGAACCUUCACUGCUGACCUGUGUGAAAUGUUCCCAGCAGGCAUUUAUGACACCAAAUAUGCUGCAGAGUUUCAUGCCCGCUUUGUAGCUUCCUACUUAGAAUAUGCUUUCCGGAAAUGUGAGCGGGAAAAUGGGAAGCGGCAGGCAGCUGGCAGCCCACACCUUGCCCUGGAGUUCUGCAGCUAUCCAUCUAGCAUGAGAGGCCAUAUUGACUACCGCUGCUGUAUGUCUCCUGUAACCUCCCGUCGUUCUCACACCACCGGCAUCUGCACCAGGUUCUCGGCCUAUGGCUGGUGCCCUCUAGGACCUCAGUGUCCUCAGUCACAUGAUAUUGACCUUAUUAUUGACACUGAUGAGGCUGUGGCAGAGGACAAACGGCGACGGCGGCGACGUAAGGACAGACGGAAAAGGGCUUUGCUGAGCCAGCCAGGGACAGAGACCUUUGAGGAAGCUGAAGAUGGUCCUCCCAUAAAGCAGGUCUGUGAAGAUAGCCUCAAGACAGAAAUUGAGCAAAAAGUGACAGAGGGUGAAUCUAGGGAUCAAGCUGAAGAUGGUCCUCCCACAAAGCAGGUCUGUGAAGAUAGCCUCAAGACAGAAAUUGAGCAAAAAGUGACCGAGGGUGAAUCUAGGGAUCAGCUUGGCUCCAAGCAAGAUCAGAACAGUGACUUAGAGGUGGAACAUAAGGCAACAAGUUCUGAAAUAGCUGAUGUGGCUGCUUCAGAACUGCCAGUGAGUCAAGCCAGUCCUAAUCCUGUGCCUGGGGAUGGAUUGCAUCGGGCUGGUUUUGAUGCCUUUAUGACAGGCUAUGUGAUGGCCUAUGUGGGACUGAGGCACGGACCUCAACUCUGCAGUUCUGGACCUUGGCUUCCUGAAUGUCACAAUAAGGUAUAUCUAAGCGGCAAAACUGUACCACUCACAGUGGCUAAGAGCCAGUUUUCUCGUUCUUCCAAAGCCCACAACCAGAAAAUGAAGCUGGCUUGGGGCAGCAGCUGACUCAAACAUCUGCCUGGCACUAGACCUAGGGAGAGAAGCUAAGAGUAGGAAAGAGAUGUUUGGCUCUGUGUAGUGGCUCAUGUCUGCAUCCCAGUACCUGAAGGCUGAGGCAGGAAGACUGCUACAGUUCAUGGCCUACUCAAAUCAGCCAGAGCUGUAUGGAAAAACCCUAUUUCAAAAAAGAAAAAGUUAUUUGAGUUGUUAGCCUGUGUAUGUUGCGUUUAAGUACUACGGAGUUGUUGUGCAGAUCCUGGCAGAGACAAUGAGCGCUUCACUGUUUUCUUUCGUACAGAGGCCUGACCCUGGGGUACAAAAUAAGACUAACUAGCACCUGGAACAUCAACUUUAUUUUUUAAUCUGAAAGUGUCUUGGGAAAAGUUUUACAAAAAAAAAAAAAUCAUCAGAAAUGAAUUAUGAAAAUAUUUAACCAACUUCAUUCUUUGGUUAUUUCUUAUUGCGGCUCUGUAAGGACAGACUGUUCCCAAAGCUUCAGCUAUAGCAGGGAGAAAAUCAGUCCAAGUAUAAUACAUUAACCUCUGUUUGUAUCACCUGUUGACACAUACAUAGAGCAGGCCCUGGGGCCUACAAAUCAGCCCCACUCCCAACACCAAGGUUGAAAGUCUUGAGGCAAAACAUUAAGACUCCUUUAUAAAUAUGAAAAUAGAUUAAUCAACUGGAAAAGUCUUGAAUAGGUUAGCUAAAAUAUCCUUGACCACCACAUUGCCUUGUCCCCCCUUGCAUAGAGAUGUAGUGAUGUGGUCUGACCAUACAGUACGUGCAAACAGCAAUUAUUCAAGUGUCUUAGACAUACUGGCAAGAAGCAUCCCAGUCUUCAGUCAGGUCUGAGAAACAGCCAUGCCCUUUUCAUCCUCCUAGUUAACUCCAGUGUCCAUCCUGCAGCAUGUAUGCCCCAGAAUGGGCACAAGAGACCUAGGGUGGAAAAGGAACUGGAUAAUAGCUGCAUAGUUGCCUGCCAGCUCAGCCUGGAACUAGAGUC